AUGGCUGUGUCGGAAGUCUUUCUGCUUUUGGGCUGGGCAUGGAGAUCAGACUGCAUUUGCUCACCCACCACUUAUUAUAAGAAUUGUUGGAUUCGACGAUUCCCGGGCCUUACAGUUGAUCUGGAGCGUUCACAGAGAAGAGGGGCCUACAUUCUCAAAGUCUACACAGAAGCUACAGCCCAACAAUGCAGCCAGACCUGCUGCCUCCUAAAGAAUGGUAAGAAUUCAUUUUCUUCCUCUGUAAAAGAUCAAAGCAGUCCAUGUUAAAAACAAAACAUUAACUGUUCAGCUGAUGAAGGUGUAUGAUUUGUAACUAUGCAUGCAUAAAGGCAAAGGUAAAGGGACCCCUGACUGUUGGGUCCAGUUGCAAACGACUCUGAGGUUGUGGUGCUCAUCUUGCUUUCGUAGCUGAGGGAACCAGUGUACAGCUUCUGGGUCAUGUGGCCAGCAUGACUAAGCCGCUUUUGGCGAACCAGAACAGUGGAAAUGCCAUUUACUUUCCCGCCGGAGGAGUACCAAUUUAUCUACUUGCACUUUGAUGUGCUUUUGAACUGCUAUGUUGGCAGGAGCAGGGACUGAGCAAUGGGAGCUCACCCUGUCGUGGGGAUUAAAACACGGACCUUCUGAUUGGCAAGCCCCAGGCUCUGUGGUUUAGACCACAGCGCCACCCGCGUCCCUAUGCAUGCAUACAUGCAAGUAUAAAAGCAUUCUGUCACCCUCAAGACAACAGUGACAAAGAAACAGAACGCAGAAUGAGGCUACGCAGAGGAAAGAUGUAAAUAGGAGCUUAAUAGAGGCCCACUUGAAUUGUGUCCUUGGGUUUCCCCUUUGCUUUCUCUGACAUAAAUGAGUGGUUGCUUGUUGUUGUUUAGUCGUUUAGUCAUGUCCGACUCUUCGUGACCCCAUGGACCAGAGCACGCCAGGCAUUCCUGUCUUCCAUUGCCUCCCGCAGUUGGGUCAAAUUCAUGUUUGUAGCUUCGAGAACACUGUCCAACCAUCUCAUCCUCCGUCAUCCCCUUCUCCUUGUGCCCUCCAUCUUUCCCAGCAUCAGGGUCUUUACCAGGGAGUCUUCUCUUCUCAUGAGGUGGCCAAAGUCUUGGAGCCUCAGCUUCAGGAUCUGUCCUUCCAGUGAGCACUCAGAGCUGAUUUCCUUCAGAAUGGAUAGGUUUGAUCUUCUUGCAGUCCAUGGGACUCUCAAGAGUCUCCUCCAGCACCAGAAUUCAAAAGCAUCAAUUCUUCGGCGAUCAGCCUUCUUUAUGGUCCAGCUCUCACUUCCAUACAUCACUACUGGGAAAACCAUGGCUUUAACUUUGUUGGCAAGGUGAUGUCUCUGCUUUUUAAGAUGCUGUCUAGGUUUCUCAUUGCUUUUCUUCCAAGAAGCAGGGGUCUUUUAAUUUCGUGACUGCUGUCACUAUCUGCAGUGAUCAUGGAGCCCAAGAAAGUAAAAUCUCUCACUGCCUCCAUUUCCUCCCCUUCUAUUUGCCAGGAGGUGAUGGGACCAGUGGCCAUGAUCUUCAUUUUUUUUGAUGUGAAGCUUCAGACCAUAUUUUGCGCUCUCCUCUUUCACCCUCAUUAAAAGGUUCUUUAAUUCCUCCUCACUUUCUGCCAUCAAGCUUGUGUCAUCUGCAUAUCUGAGGUUGUUGAUAUUUCUUCCGGCAAUCUUAAUUCCAGUUUGGGAUUCAUGCAGCCCAGCCUUUCGCAUGAUGAAUUCUGCAUAUAAGUUAAAUAAGCAGGGAGACAAUAUACAGCCUUGUCGUGCUCCUUUCCCAAUUUUGAACCAAUCGGUUGUUCCGUAUCCAGUUCUAAUUGUAGCUUCUUGUCCCACAUAGAGAUUUCUCAGGAAACAGAUGAGGUGAUCAGGCACUCCCAUUUCUUUAAGAACUUGCCAUAGUUUCAUAGAAUAGAACCAUAGAGUUGGAAGAGACCGCAAGGGCCAUCAAGUCCAACCCCCUGCCAAGCAGGAAACACCAUCAGAGCACUCCUGACAUAUGGUUGUCAAGCCUCUGCUUAAAGACCUCCAAAGAAGGAGACUCCACCACACUCCUUGGCAGCAAAGAGGAGGGAGAAAGGUUGUUUUCUGCUGCUCCAGAGAAGCGGACACGGAGCAAUGGAUCCAAACUACAAGAAAGAAGAUUCCACCUAAACAUUAGGAAGAACUUCCUGACAGUAAGAGCUGUUUGACAGUGGAAUUUGCUGCCAAGGAGUGUGGUGGAGUCUCCUUCUUUGGAGGUCUUUAAGCAGAGGCUUGACAACCAUAUGUCAGGAGUGCUCUGAUGGUGUUUCCUGCUUGGCAGGGGGUUGGACUCGAUGGCCCUUGUGGUCUCUUCCAACUCUAUGAUUCUAUGAUAAAUGGUCUGCCUUGGAUUUGUAUCGAGAUCAUUCUAUCACUUUUGAGAUUGCAUCCCAGUACAGCUUUCACCACUCCUUUGUUGACUUUGAGGGCCACUCCAUUUAUUUUGCGGGAUUUUUGCCCACAGUAGUAGAUAUGAUGGUCUUCCGAACUGAAUUCGCCCAUUCCCGCCCAUUUUAGUUCACUGAUGCCCAGGAUGUCAAUAUUCUUGCCAUCUCAUUUUUGACCACAUCCAGCUUACCAGGGUUCAUGGUUCUUGCAUUCCAGGUUCCUAUGCAGUAUUUUGCUUUACAGCAUUGGACUUUCCUUUCACUUCCAGGCAUAUCUGCAACUGAGCGACCUUUCGGCUUUGGCCCAGCCGCUUCAUCAGCUCUGAAUCUACUUGUACUUGUCCUCUGCUCUUCCUCAGUAGCAUGUUGGACGCCUUCCAACCUGAGGGGCUCAUCUUCCAGCGUCAUAACUUUUAUAUGCCUGUUGUCUUUGUCAAUGGAGUUUUCUUGGCAGGGAUACUGGAGUGGCUUGCCAGUUCCUGCUCCAGGUGGAUCAUGUUUGGUCAAAACUCUCCACUAUGACCUGUCCAUCUUGGGUGGCCCUGCACAGCAUAGCUCAUAGCUUCUCUGAGUUAUUCAAGCCCCUUCGCCACAGCAAGGCAAUGAUCCAUGAAGGGGAGUGGUUGCUAUUUCCUACUAAAAAGAAAUGGGAAGUGCAGCACUUAUGGCCUUCUUGUCAUGAGAGCCUGGCUCUAAGUGAUAGGAGAUCCAUAGAAGGUUACAAAGAGUCUCUGCGUGCCAAGUGUAUUGUUCUCCUUGCAAGAUGCCCACUGACCCAUGUUGCCACCUUUCAUAUUGAAGAAAUACUAAAAUAUUAGGGCCAAAAUUCACCCUGUUGUCUGUGAGCUGUCAAAUUAUCAUCCUCUUCCUAUAAAUAAUGGAUCUAAAACUUGGAAUUAAUACAUUUCAUUUGAAAGUAAAGAAGAAUACAUCUAAUCUAGUGCCAUUCUUUGUUCUUUCACUGGAGCUAUGAGCCAUAACUUGGCCUUCAGUUGUUGUUUUCAAAUUUCUAGUUACAUUUCUGAAUUGAUCCUUAAUGCAAACAUUAUAGUGCUAAUGGCAAUAAAUAAUACAAAUAUAAGAAGAUUCUGUCAAGACCCAAGGCAAACACAGUAGAGAUUUACCAGCACAAAACAUGCAACAAAGCAAAGCAUGAAAAUAUAGGCUGUAAAAUGUGCCCUUCAGUUUCCUAGUUCUGCUGGACCUCUCAGCGGCCUUUGAUGCCAUCGACCACUACAUCCUUCUGGACUGUCUAGAGGGGCUGGGAGCUGGGGGCACUGUUAUACAGGGAGGGCGCCACUACUGAGAAGGCCCUCUGCCUGGUUCCCUGUAACUUGGCUUCUCGCAGCAAGGGAACCGUCAGAAGGCCCUCGGAGCUGGACCUCAGUGUCCGGGUAGAACGAUGGGGGUGGAGAUGCUCCUUCAGAUAUACUGGACCGAGGCCGUUUAGGGCUUUAAAGGUCACCACCAACACUUUGAAUUGUGCUCGGAAAUGUACUGGGAGCCAAUGUAGGUCUUUCAAGGCCGGUGUUAUAUGGUCUCGGCGGUCGCUCCCAGUCACCAGUCUGGCUGCCGCGUUCUGGAUUAGUUGUAGUUUCCAGGUCACCUUCAAAGGUAGUCCCACAUAGAGCGCAUUGCAGUAGUCCAAGUGGGAGAUAACUAGAGCAUGCACCACUCUGGCGAGACAGUCUGCGGGCAGAUAGGGUCUCAGCCUGCAUACCAGAUGGAGCUGGUACACAGCUGCCCUGGACACGGAUUUGACCUGUGCCUCCAUGGACAGCUGUGAGUCCAAAAUGACUCCCAGGCUGUGCACCUGGUCCUUCAGGGGCACAGUUACCCCAUUCAGGACCAGGGAAUCCUCCACACCUGCCCGCCUCCUGUCCCCCCAAAACAGUACUUCUGUCUUGUCAGGAUUCAAACUCAAUCUGUUAGCCGCCAUCCAUCCUCCAACUGCCUCCAGACACUCACACAGGACCGUCACUGCCUUCACUGGUUCUGAUUUGAAAGAGAGGUAGAGCUGGGUAUCAUCCGCAUACUGAUGAACACCCAGUCCAAACCCCCUGAUGAUCUCUCCCAGCGGCUGCAUGUAGAUGUUGAAAAGCAUGGGGGAGAGGACAGAACCCUGAGGCACCCCACAUGUGAGAGCCCAGGGGUCUGAACACUCAUCCCCCCCACCACUUUCUGGACACGGCCCAGGAGGAAGGAGCAGAACCACUGUAUGACAUUGCCUCCAGCUCCCAGCCCCUCAAGACGGUCCAGAAGGAUGUUAUGGUUGAUGGUAUCAAAUGCCGCUGAGAGAUCCAGCAGAACUAGGAAACAGCUCUCACCUUUGUCCCUAGCCUGCCGGAGAUCAUCAACCAGUGCGACCAAGGCAGUUUCAGUCCCGUGAUGAGGCCUGAAUCCCAACUGGAAGGGAUCCAAAUGGUCCGCUUCUUCCAGGCGUGCCUGGAGUUGUUCAGCAACCACCCGCUCAAUCACCUUGCCCAAGAAUGGAAGAUUUGAGACUGGGCGAUAGUUGGCCAUCGUGACCGCAUCUAAAGAUGGUUUUUUAAGAAGCGGUUUAAUAACCGCCUCUUUCAGCAGGUCUGGGAAGGCUCCCUCACGGAGAGAAGCAUUCACCACCCUGUGAAGCCCAUCGCCCAGCCCUCCAUGGUUAGCUUUUAUGAGCCAGGAUGGGCAAGGAUAAAGGAGACAAUUGGUUGGUUUCACUCGUCCAAGCAGCCUGUCCACAUCCUGGGGGGUAACAGAUUAGAACUGAUCCCACGCAACUUGACUAGACAGGACUCUAGCACUCUCCCGCCCUGGCCCUGCUCCCACGGUGGAGUCUACUUCUUCCCGAAUCUGAGCGAUUUUAUCUGCAAAAAACUUUGCAAAAUCAUUGCAGGAGAUCAUGUGGCCCGUACUGGGCCCUGAUGUUGCAGGUGGUUCCGCUAAAUUGCGAACCACCUGAAAGAGUCUCCUGCUGCUGUUUUCUGCAGAUGCAAUAGAGGCGGUGAAGAAAGUCUUCUUCGCCGUCGCUAUCGCCACUUGGUAGGCUCGACAUUGAGCUCUAACCCGUGUCCGGUCAGCUUCAGAAUGGGUCAUCCGCCACCGGCGCUCUAGCCAUCUCAACGAUUAUUUCAUUGCCCUCAGAUCCGUGGAAAACCACGGGGCUGUCCAGGCUCCAUGCAAUCGGAGAGGGCGCUUCGGAGCCAAACAGUCAAUAGCCCUGGUUAACUCCACAUUCCAGCAGGCCACCAGGGAAUCAGCUGAAAGGCCAUCAACAUGGGAUAAAGCAUCCCCUGCCACUCUCUGGAAACCAUUUGGAUCCAUUAAGUGGAGGGGGCGGACCAUCCGAAUCGGUCCCACCUCCCUGCAGAGGGGAAGGGUCGCGGAGAAGUCAAGUUGCACCAGGAAGUGAUCUGACCAUGGCACUUCUUUCGUUUUGCUUUUACUUAGUGUCAGAUCACCAACAUCCAUAAACACCAGGUCCAAGGCAUGUCCGCGGCUAUGGGUUGGGCCAGACUUAUUAUCAUGCACUAAUUAGAUUCAUGCACUAAUUAGAUUCAAACAUUGUAGUUAUAUGACGCUGGAACCCUAAAGAUUCUUGUUUGGAUAAUUAACUGUGAAAAUUUUGUUAAUAACUAGCACUACUGAUUACAAAUGAUUAGAAUUUAUAAACAUUUACAACAGGAGCUGACAUAUACCACAUUUUCUGUGAUAACCAACAAGGAGAAUCAGUGGAUAGCUAUGCUACAAUAUCACUUUUCCUGUAUUUUAUUACUUCAAGUUAUGGGAAGGGGACUAGACACAAACCUGCCCUUUUCUCUGGCAAUCCUGUGUUUGGGUUAAUUUAUUUCCACCCAGAAAGUUCAUGGCCACAUCAUUCCUCCUGAGACAUGCUUACAUUUGUAAUUGAAACUGAAUUUUCAAUAGGUUGAGGCAUGCAACAGACAAAGCAAGGAGGUGUAAUCAUAAUGUAAAUCACAUUUCCCAGUGCACAGCUCCACCCCUCACUGCUGCUCAAGAACUGGAGUGCUGGAAGAUGAUGCAGUGUUGUGUCUAUUUAACUGUUGAACAAUUUUGCCUGAUAAAUGGCAUUUGAAAUGCAUUGUGAAAUACUCAUAAAAUUAUCCUCAUUGCACCUAGCUGGCUUUGCCUGUUGCUUUUUUCCUUUUGGUGUACCCCCUUUAUAAAAGAUUGAGACAGCUGUCUGUCAUUACCCAACUUAGCAAUGCUGCUACAAUUUGUAACCAUCUUCCAAGGUCACCCUUGCCUUUCUCCAGCCGUGGAUUGUUAGGUUUCAGAACUGAGCUUUCUAACAGAGAGCAGUACUACGUCACACAGCUGGAGCGAGAUGUGAGCUGGGAAGAUAAAGGAGCUGAUUGAAAUCAGAUCUAAUGGAGUGAGCUCAUCCAUUACCCAAGUACUGAACUCGCACAACAAAACUCACAUUUAAAGAUGUUUAGAUAUCCUGAUAAGUAACUCUGCCAGCAUACCAAAUUCUGCCUUGCAUACUUGGACAUUUUAGAUUUGGCUAUGGAUGUACUGAUGCUUCUGGGUCAGAGAAGAACAAAUACAUCUACAUAGGGCUGCCAAUUAAUUAGAAAAAUAGCCUCACUCACUUUUUGAUAUCCGAGCUAGCUGUCAACAGUUUCUGUGUUGGUUGCCCCAUUUAUUUAUUUUCAACUCUGUCAGGUCACAGAUUUUUUGAAAUAGAAAUGUUCAGCUAUAGAUUCUGCUUCAAGACUCAGCCUGUGUGAUAGGAGUAGCUGGUGUGCUGGACUUAGACUGGUAAUGUCCAGUGCUUUUUUUCUACACCAAAAGGUGCUGGAACACACCUUCCUCAGAAGAUUGACCCCAGAGCCCAAAGAGGGUAUCUUUGGGCUGGAGGGAGGCAUCUUCUCUUGAGCCAGAGGCAGCCUCUGUGAGACUCGGUUUGUCCUGCCUCAGGCACCUUCGUGAUGCGUGUGUGUGUGUUCUCUUCCUCCUGGGAGAACAAGGCGGCCAGCCUGCACACCAGUGCAAAGGCGGCUGAGCAACAGGUGGGCGACUUCUUUAAACUGCUCUGCUAAGAGGCCCAUGGCUGCUCGCCCCUCAGCAGAGCAACUUAACAAGCCCCUGCCCCACAUCUCUCCGGCUUCCGUGCGCCAGAGUUGCAUGGGGGCUUGCUCGGCUGAGGCACAGCUUUCCCACAUGUCAGUUGUUACCUGGGAGGUUGUAGAGCUUCAGCAAAACCCCACUGUGCCCCUGGCUUGCCUGCACCUCUUCAGAGCCUUUGAGCUCCGGGGAGGGUCUCCUCAUGAGCUGGAGGUACAGUGAGGCUUUGCUGAGUCUGGUUAGGUCUCUCCCUCCACUUCCAGGGCCCAGCUGAGAGGUGCCAGAACACAGUCCCAGUGAGCUCUGGCAGAAGAAAAGCCUGGUUAUUUCACCCACAGGCGAGUCUAAAGGAGAUGUAUUCAUGUAUAGCAGGGAUAGUCAACCUUUUUAUACCUACUGCCCACUAAAGCAUCUUUCUGGAUGGUAAAAUUUCCUUACUGCCCCCCAGUGCUCGAUGGGAGGAGGAUUCAGCUUAUGCUGUAGAACCCCCUGCCGCCCGUCUAGAAUCCUGAAAUGGCCACUAGUGGGUGGUAGGGACCAGGUUGACAACCCCUGAUGUACAGGCAUGAUAUGUAUCCUUAACUUUAUUCGGAAAUCAAUGCAAAGCUUUUCUUCCUUCUGUUGCUGUUUUUAGUUUCCUGUAACUUGGCAGUUUUCCAUGGUGAAACCAAUAAUCAGAGUCUUAACUGCCUGCAUGUUUACUGCCCAGCGUUGGAGAGCUGUAUACUGAGGCCUUGGAUCAAUGCUGUGUUGUACAACAUCACACCAGGUAAGGCAUCAUUAUGCACACACAAAGAAGAAAGGGUUGCAUGCCACUUGCAAAUGUGUGUAACACAUUAAAGAAAUAAUUUUAAAAAAAACAUAUUUGGGAGAAGGAAAUUUAGAGUAGAAAAGUGAUGGGAAGUUCUUAACCAUUUCCCUGCCAGGGUUGGAAUAACAAUGCUAAGUGCAAAAACGGAGACAAUUCCCGUCCUCACAUAGAUUUGGCAGUCUGCAGUGUCUAUGAUGAGGAGAGAUGCUUCUUCCCUCGUAACAACUUCUAAUGGGAUUUCUUGAGUGAGGUUGGGGUUGGCAGCAUACCAAAUCUAUCCUACCUGAACUUUGGGGACACUUUGCAGAGGGGUGUGAAAAUAUGUCCAGUGACUUUUCUUCACCUUCAGUAACUUCAGCUAGCACAGUAAUAUUGCAAAGCAUUGCAUUGAAGCAAUGUUGUGAAGGUGGAACGGUGGUUAGCAGAUGCUUCAGUCAUUUUGUUUUGAACCUAUAGCUUUGUAUCUUCAUGGGCACUUUUGCCCACCUGAUUUCUGCAGGUUAGUGAAAUAUAGAGGAGACAGACUGCACAUAGAUAGGUUCAGCUGGCAGGUGUCCUGGCUGCUGCUCAAAACACCCUCUUUGAAGAGAUCUUUAUUGAGGCAGACUAACAGUAUGGACUGGGUGGCAGGAAUUAGUAGGAAUAGGCAGCUAGAAGCAGCAGUCAAAGUUUAAGGAGUCCAGGUUUAGGGCAAGAAGUCCAGAACUGCACAGAAGCUAUGGAGUUGUCCCAAUGAGUUCCCACACCCACCAGUCAAGCUUUUUAGUAACGCAGGGUAAAUUUACUGGCAAGGCUCCUGUGCCUUGGAGGAAUGUCAAGCUUUGGCAGGGUGGGUCUAUUUCCACCUGCAUAGCUCCAAAUCCCCUAAUGACUGCUCCCAGUGGCUUUGUAGAGAUGUUAAAAAUCAACCCCUCCCUCAGUAAAGCCAGAGCCCAAUAGAGUACUCAUACACUAUGCUCUUCAUGGGCAUGUUAUCAUGUGCAACUAGGAAGGCUUCCAUAGUUAGGAAACACAGGUGAAUUUAGGUGACACAGACAUUAAAGCCUUUACUUGUGCUUGGAUUCUGCUUUGACAGGGGUUGAUCCGGAUCUUCUUGUGUUUGAGAAACUCUCUUUCAAAGAUAUGAAUACCAGGUCCUCUCUUAAUAAAUGGGAAGUGCAUGGAAGUGCAAGGGUUGCCAAUUUAGAAAAAUGCCAGAAUUCAACAACCAGUUCAAGGUACCUUCUUCCUGAAUCCUUAUCUUCUACAGUGGUCCAAGAGCUGGUAAGUAACAGCAGCAACACAAGUACUGCACCUGCCCCAGUUCACAGGUCUCCAUCCAGCACAUAUUUAGGACCUGCAGAUGCACCACUGAAGGACUAUUUUACUAAAGUGGCAAACAUCUCAGAAAAGAAUGGUUCAACAGCCAUGUCUGACAAUGCAACUGUACUUCCUAGCACUGCCAUUACAUCUAUCAAGAUAUUAUCACACAUGCCCAGCCCAGCCCAUCUGAACAGCAGCAAACACUUGAACGAAACCAAGGUAUACAGUGGCAGGAAUUACACAUCAGACAAUGAAGACCAGAAAUCAGCUUGGGAGGAAGUAGAAAGGGGGAGCUGGCUGCUUCUGGUGGCACUCUGUUUUUCCUUGACUGUGAUUUGCUGUUGCACUAUUAUUCUUGCAACUGGGUGCCAUCGAAAGAGGAAUGGUCGGUAUAAACCAAGACGGAGAGGUGAAUCCAGACGGCUCAUUAGAUACACUAUGGUUAAAAAUAGCUUUUAA